AUGAGGCUCUCGAAGGAUCGACCAUGUACGCCUCCACCAACAUCUGGGCUCAUCACCCCGCCGUCCACUGGAGGCUUUGUCAAACAGGCUCUGUUUGCUAGGCAGCAGGAGGCUCUCUAUGAUGAUAGGCGUCAAGCCAAGCUUCGUGGAGGUGAGACAUGCACUGAGUUCUUCGAGGAUUAUAUCGAAGGUUCCAACACCGAGAUCGAACACAGCCACAGCAGUAUCAGCCCUGCUCGAUCAGACAACCCCUCACAACCUUCCGAUGGCGAAUCUCCGAUUACAGCGAUCGUCGUUUCAACCGGUACCUACAUGCCUGGACCUUCCACCUUCGAAGAACCCAGCCUCCUCGCUUCGCCUAUCACAAAAAUCGACACGUGUGCUGUUACCAAGUCAUUUCCGUUCAUGAAGCUCCCUCCUUCUGUCCGCAACCGAAUCUACGAAAACCUCCUGGUCAUACCCGCCCUUAUUUGCGUGCGCCAGAAGCACACAUCUUUCCAUGACGAGAAGAAGGCCUUUCUCUACGCCGAGCGCCGCGAACUACUUCCUGGCAUUGCGUAUGCACUUGCUCAGGCCAAAGUCAACGCUUUCAAAACCCGCUUCUCCAAGUUUCCAGGCGCCAACCUCAACAUGCUCCGUAUCAGCAAAGAAGUCUUCGCCGAGGCACGGGCGGUCAUGUACAGCAUGAACAGUUUCGAAAUUGUCAAGCCCACCAACGAGCUGACACCCCAGCCCGAUUUCAGCAUUGCCCUUUUCCCAUCUGGGUACCAGCGUCUCGUUACAAAGCUCAGCAUUCGCAUCCGCACGUUCUACGCCCUCGACUGGCUUCUGAGUGGCGGCUACAACAUCAUCAAGAACCACUACCGUGGUCUGCGCACACUUACGCUGAUCUUGGAGAUGGAUUCAGCGACGAAAAGCUUCGGCCGUGAAUGGGCAAGGAAGCAGGGUGAGAAGUGGACCACUUUCAUCAGACGCCUGCAGGCCCAAUUGGCUGAAGAUCUAUUUGGCGAGGCCAAGUCGAAGAAGACGAAGACGACGACGACGAUUACGACGACGAUCCCAACGUCGAUCAACCUGCGCGUUCUCUUUGGUGGCGAGGCCUACGAGGGAAACUCCUGUACCUCUGUCGAAAAUGUUGGCGUCGCAGUAACUAGCAGCGUGAGAAUGGAGCAGGUCAAGCGCAGCGAGCUCAGAAGCGCCCUGGUCGAGACCUGGGAACUUUUCAAGAAGGGCGGCAAGUAG